AUGUCCUCCUCGUCUGUCAGCAGCAGGCUCUUGGGUGUCUUUGCGCCACCUGUGGGAAGAUACUUCCAGCUGCUCACGCAUAAGGCACCUUUCCCUGCAGCAGCAACACCAACAGCGGCAGCAGCAAGUUCAGCAGCAACAUCAGCAGUUUGGGGGAGUCCUGCAUGGGAGGCACGGGGGCCUGCCUUCCCCCAUUCUCUGCGGCAUUUCUUCUCAGCAGGUUCAAGAGAUAGGCCAGAUGUCCCACCGACCUCAACAAACACACCUCCCACAAACAGCAACAGCAGCAACACUAGCAGCAGCAGCAGUGAGAAGACGCCGCCGCGGAGAGCCACUGGGCUGCACAAGCUCUGCAACUUGGGAGCCCCCCUUGCCGAGUUUAUGGGUAGGCCGCAGGCAUCUCGAGUAGAAGUGACAAAGUUUAUUUGGUCUUAUAUAAAAGAAAAAGGUUUACAAAAGAAAGAUAAUAAGAGAAUUGUUGUUGCGGACGAGCGGCUGCUGCCGCUGCUGCAGCAGCGUGAGCUCUCCAUGUUCACACUCAACAAAGUUCUUAGUCAACACAUCCAUAACACAGAUACCCCAGAUAAACAGCAGCAGCAACAGCAGCAGCAGCAGCAGCAGCAGCGGGGACUUGGGGGAGCGGGUUCAGAACCGUAG